AUGUCUUCGAAAUAUCGUUCUCGGGUUAUCAUAGAAUCAAGUUCUGAAUCGGAAUCCGAAAAAGACGCUUCUUCUGAUUUGGAAAUCGUUGAAAAAACCGAAGAAAGACAAGAAUCGGGUUCAGAAAAUUCGCAAUCUAUUAUUGGAGAUAGUGAAAAUGAAGAUGAUGUUGUUGGUGACAGUGAGCAUGAUUCAGAUGUUAUUGAAGAAUCAAUGGCUUCGCAAAACGAAGAUAUGAACUCGACUCCACAAACACCUUCAGUAAGUCUAAUUAUCCCAUUAGAAAACUAACUUUACUAUUUUAGGAUAGCAAGUCGUAUUCUUCUUUUGCUACAUCAACACCAAACGAUAAAGAAACAUCAUCCGUUUUUUUCUCUGGGGCAUCUUAUAAUUCUGCCGGUUCAAAAAAUUCGGGCGAAUCUUCGUCCAAUCACGAUAGAAGUCGAAGUUUCAUCGAGGAAACUGGAACUGCUGGAUCCUUAACACCAAUAUCGAAAAGAUUGAUGGAAAAAGAUGACAAACAUUCGAAACAGCAGCUAAGAGAAAGAUUGUUGAGAAAAUCAGUGAGACCAAUGGAAAAUCACGAUUCUCCAGUCAAACAAUCAGGCUGGUCAGGUUUAGCCAAUGAGGAUAAUCUUUUGAACGCUGCUUUGAGUCCAAUAACAAAAACAGCUCCAAUCAGAAUUGCUGAAGUAUCUCAUCACGAAAUUGUGCUUGGUGAAUCACCGGAACCUCCAGCGUUGGAAGCUGAAAGCCCAAAACCAAUCAGUGAUAAAUCAGAUGAUGAUAUUGUUUGCUUGACUCCAAAUCCUGUAAGAGUUCAACCACCACAACAAAAAGCUCAAAGUCCAAAAGCAAAUGAAUAUGCGAAAUUGUCGAUGGAUGAACUGUUGAAGAAAAAGAAUCAGACAAUGGCGCUUUUAGGAUAUUCGGAUGGCUUGCCGGAUAAAGGAAAAAAAUUGCAAGAUCAAUUCAAUGUUAUUGAUGAUGAAAUUGAGAGAAGAAAGGUAUCGUUUUUAGAAAUUUUGAAUACAGACUACAGAACAAUAAAUUUUUCAGGACUUACAACUUCAAAAUCCUGAUGACGACGUCGAAGUUAUUGAAGAACGUCGAAUUGUCCAACCAAAACUUCCGUAUUAUGCUGUUCCAACAAAAGAUGGCGUUUUGCCACCGAAACAUUUGAUUAAUCCAUUGCCACAACAAGAUUUCAAUCAACUUUUGCAAAAAGAUGGAAAACGCAUUUUCGGUGGUAAAAUGACUGAUGAAAGAUAUCAAAAAAUCACAUCGAUGACUGAAAAAUUGAUGCAAUAUUUGCAUGAGUAAGUUUUUUGAAUUUCUAAAGCUCAACUAGGUUGGAACUUGAUAGGAAAUCUCAAUCUACAUCUCUAAAACUUUUAAAAAAUGAUGAAACUUCAAAUAUGAAUUCAAAUAACCUAUAUUUUUUCAGUGCUACCAAUUCGAUUCCAAAUGACACUGAUCUCACUGAAACUCCUCCACAUUUCAAAAUCGAUCUAAUGCCUCAUCAAAAAUCAGCUUUGACGUGGCUGAAAUGGCGUGAAGUUCAACCACAAUCCGGCGGAAUUUUGGCAGACGAUAUGGGAUUGGGAAAAACUCUUUCAAUGAUUUCGUUGAUCGUUGAUCAAAAAGUUGCUCGAAGAAGUCGAAAAGAAAGCGGAGAAGAUGAAGAGGAUAAAAAGAAACGAUUGGCUGCGAAAAGUCAAGGAUUAGUUCCAUCGAAUGGAACAUUGAUUAUUGCUCCAGCUUCAUUGAUUUAUCAAUGGGAAAAAGAAAUUGAACAAAGAAUUGAGCGAGAUUUUUUGAAUGUUUACAUGUUUCAUGGAACAAAAAAACAGCGAGAUAUUGAAGCGAAAAAAUUGGCAAGAUAUGAUGUUGUUAUUACAACUUAUACAUUGAUUGCUAAUGAGUUGACAGAAAAAAUCAGGACCAAGAAUAAGGUGAGCUCAUCGAUUUUUAAAAUAUGAUUAAGAUUUUUACUAAUAUUUUGCAGGUUGAUGAUAGAAGUGAUUCGGAUAUGUCAGAUGAUGGCGGUGGUCAGAAAAGAGUUGUUGGUCGAGAUGAUUCAGUUCUAUCGCAAAUUAGUUGGGCUCGUGUUAUUCUCGAUGAAGCUCACGCAAUCAAAAAUCGAACUGCAAUGUGCUCAAAAGCUGUUUGUCGUCUCUCAUCAUUUGCUCGUUGGUGUUUGACCGGAACUCCAAUUCACAACAAUCUUUGGGAUUUGUAUAGUUUGAUUCGUUUCAUGAGAAUUGCUCCAUUUAGCGAGGAAAAAUAUUGGAAAGAACAAAUUAUGCCAAUGAGAGGAAGAAUGGGUGAUCGAUUGAAUUUGUUGACAAAGAAUUUGUUGUUGCGAAGAACAAAAGAUCAAACAUGUGCGGUGACAAAUAAAAAGAUUGUGGAUUUGGAGCCGAAACGUUUGAUUGUUCAUGAUUUGGACUUUGAAGGAGCAGAAGCACAUGCUUAUGAGAUUAUGUGGGAGGCAGCACAAAAGUUUGUCAAGAAAAUGGUUGAACAAGGAGAGGACAAUCGAUAUAUGCAAGAAUAUGGAGUUCGAAGAAAAGCAAAACAAUCGAAAUCAGGAGAAGAUGUGAGAAAUCCGUUUAAUUGUAAGUUUUUUUGAAGUUUUUCUCAACUGGAAGUCUUAACAUUUCCGAAAAAAUGUAUUUUUUGUUCCAAAAUGUUGAAAAACAUAUUUUCAGUCGGCCCGCGAAGUCUCGGAACUCAAAGUAACUUCCAAAAUAUGUCUUGUGUUCUAAUGCUUCUUCUUCGUCUUCGUCAAGCCAGUGUUCAUUUCAAUAUCACGAAAAAAGGAAUGGAUAUGGAAGCAUUUUCAAUAAUUGGAGGAGAUGAUGAUGUUGAUGUUGAUGAAAUGGAUGCAUUGUUAGAAAAAACUAUGGCAAAUAUGACUUUGGAUGAAGAGGAAAAUGAUGAAAAUGAUGAGGGAAUCAAACAGAAAAGAAGUGAUAAAAUGGAACAAAAGAUUUUCGACAGCGAUUUUAUUAGUUGCAAAAUGAAGAAAACUUUGGAAUUGAUUGGAGAAAUUAUGGAGAAAAAUGACAAAGUGUGAGUUUUUUCUGGAAAAGAUAAUUCCAAACAAUACAUUUGCAGAGUGGUUGUUUCACAAUGGACAUCUGUUUUGAACCUCAUCGAACAACACAUCAAAUCAUUUGGAUUCCCAUAUACCAGUAUCACAGGAGAAGUUAAAGUAUCUGAUAGACAAGCACGAGUUGAUAGUUUCAAUAAAUUGAAUGGUGGAAGUAGUGUUAUGUUGUUGUCUUUAACUGCCGGAGGAGUUGGUUUAAAUUUGACGGGUGGAAAUCAUUUGAUUAUGGUUGAUUUGCAUUGGAAUCCCGCGUUGGAACAACAAGCAUGUGAUAGAAUUUAUCGAAUGGGACAGAAAAAACCCGUUUUUAUUCAUAGGUUUGUUGACAUUUUUGAGAGGGAAAAUGAGAGCUUUUUUAGAUAAAUUCAAGAAAAAAGAAAAAUUUGUGGCCCAAAAAAUGUAUGCUAUAUCAUAAAUUUUGCUCAUAAACCAGAUUUCAUUUCAGAUUGGUGACAAAUUCCACCAUCGAACAACGUGUCAUCGCAUUGCAAGAGAAAAAGUUGGAAAUGGCGAAAAAUGUGCUCGACGGUUCAGCUUCGAAAAAAUUGAACAAAUUAUCAAUGGCCGAUAUCAAGACACUUUUCGGUUUGGACGACAAAUAA